AUGCGGUUUACACGCUCUUUUCUAACGAGCACUUUGCUCCUGGCAAGUGUUUCGGCCGCUAAUGCUGUCAUCACCUUGACCAAAACCAAUUGGCAUACCGUGUGUCCCUGCACUACCGCUCUUUUAUCCUCCCCCACUACCCCCAGCCUCUUGCAAUCCAACCCCGGACAGUCUGGAGAUUCUACCAACACGUUCGGCAACGACUCCGAAUCAAGCUCCGGCUCUGAGUCAGACUCGAGCUCAAUUUCAGGCUCAGGCUCAGGUUUUGGAUCUAGCAAUGGCUUCGGCUCAGGGCAGGAGUAUACUACUUCGACUGUAUUCACCUCCAAGAUCCACACUGUGACUGCUUGUCCGCCUUCUGUUACGGAUUGCCCAGCCACAGCAAAAACAACUUACGUGACCACUGAGACUAUCAUUGACUAUACCACUGUCUGCCCUGUCACUGAGUCUGCUACACAAAUCGUUGCUGCCACCGAGAUUGGUGAAACUUGGCCCACAAAGACAGCUACUAGUCUUGGAAAUGAUCGGUACACCACUUCUACGGUCUAUACCACCAGUGUGCAUACUGUGACCGCCUGCCCGUCCUCUGUUAAGAACUGCCCGGCGUCUGAGAAGACCACGUACGUGACUACGGAUACUAUUAUUGAUUACACCACUAUCUGUCCGGUGACUGCUACUCACACUGGCUCCGACUCUGUUGCUACCUCAACUGGCUCUACCUCCACCUCCAGCUCCACCUCCAGCUCCAACUCUAGCUCUGGCUCUGGCUCUGGCUCUGGCUCUGGCUCUGGCUCUGGCUCUGGCUCUGGCUCUGGCUCUGGCUCUGGCUCUGGCUCUGGCUCUGGCUCUGGCUCUGGCUCUGGCUCUGGCUCUGGCUCUGGCUCUGGCUCUGGCUCUGGCUCUGGCUCUGGCUCUGGCUCUGGCUCUGGCUCUGGCUCUAGCUCUGGCUCUGGCUCUGGCUCUGGCUCUAGCUCUGGCUCUGGCUCUGGCUCUGGCUCUGGCUCUGGCUCUAAUUCAAGUGCCUCGCACAUCUUCACUACUGGCACCUCUAUUUCCUCAUCUCGUUCUGCCCAACAUACAAGUUCCAUUCUUGGGUCUGGGCAUGGUCAUGGUCACGGUCAUAGUCACAGUCAUCAUGGUUCAGGUGCCUCCAGCAGCAUCGACCACUCCAACUCGCCACGACCUUCGUCAACUCCCCUUCAGACUUUCACUACUGGCACCUCUACUUCCUCAUCUUAUUCUGCCCAACGUACAAGUUCCAUUCAUGGGUCUGGGCAUGGUCAUGGUCACGGUCAUAGUCACAGUCAUCAUGGUUCAGGUGCCUCCAGCAGCAUCGACCACUCCAACUCGCCACGACCUUCGUCAACUCCCCUUCAGACUUUCACUUCUGGCGCGUUCAUCUCGCCUUCUCGUUCUGUCCAACGUACAAGCUCGACUCCUGUCAUCAAGUCCAGCGCAUCCGCAUCCCCCUCUGCAACUCUUGAGCCGCUAGCCUUGUAUGUUCAGCAGGUCCAAGCAAAGCGGAGACGUCAGACCUACAAAAGCGCUAUACUUAUUGGCGCUGGCUCCAUCACAGCCAGCUGCGCCGAUGCAGACCGUUUCUAUCUCACUGGAGGGCAUCUCUACGAUGAUCAAUUACUAAUUGCUGCCGACAAGGACGCAUCAAGCGCGGCCUUUAAGGGAACCAGAAGCCCAGGGCCCAUUCGGGGCACCUUCGCCAUUACAGACAACACUCUCUCCUGGUCAAACUCGGAUUUCACCAAUAGCGCGGCCUCGUUCUGUGUCUCUAACAACACGGUCAUGGCUAUCUUCAGCGGUAAUACGCCUUCCGGCUGCACCCCCGUUACUAUUGCUGCCGUAAAGUACUGUACGUAUAUACCUUUCCCACUGAGCCAAUUGAAGAACCAAAAAUUGACAGAUAUUAGCCCAGAUGUGCCCUGGAGGCGAUGCGACAACUAG